GGUACUAGUGCCGAUCAGGAUAACAGAUUCUCAGACAAAAAGAAGAAGCUGAUGAAAUCUAUGAAGUUUUCAGAUGAAUUGGAAAAGAAGGUGGACAUGUCCAAAGUGAAUGUUGACAUCAUCAAGCCCUGGAUAGCACAGAAAGUCACAGACUCGCUCGGUGGAUACGAGGAUGAUGUCAUUGUGGAAUUUGUUUACAACCAGUUGGAAGAAAGGGUAAUGAAUAGUCGUCGAUAUUUUGUAAUAUUAAACAGAAUGUCUUGCCUUCAAUUUGGUAACAUAUGUAUAUAUAUGUUUGUAACAAUGUGAAAACAUUGAAAAAUAAUUGUAACCUUGCUUGUUUGAAAUAUUGUUUUUGUUUUGUGGGAUGGCCUUGUAGCAAACUACAUACCAAUAAUUUAGGUUCACUUGAUCUUGGAAGUGUUAUGGUUCCAAUAACAACUUUGAAUUGUGAUAUAAGUUUUACUUCUGUUUAUUAGUUUCUUCUUUUCACUUUUUGAGGGUUCAUUUGUGAGUGGUUUUUAAUGUUACCUUAAGUGCAGUAUUUACAGAUAAAUAUAAUCCGUCAUUUGCUAUUGUAAUGUGUUGAUUCUUUCUGAAUUGUAUAUCACUAGAACCAGAAUUGACUUGUUGACAUUCAGGGUCAAGUUGUUCAAUAACUGAUAUGUUUGCUUUAAAAAGUGUUCUAAUUUCAAAAUAGUUAAAAAUGUAUGUCGAUUCAAAAUAUUGGACAGAAGAUUUGUCAGAAACAAAGGUACCAAACAACUCGUUCAAGAAAUUUUAAGAAAAAGGAAAUUGUAAAAUUGCAGCUAAUGAUUUGCAAGAAAAGUUUUGAACAACCAGGUCUUGGAAGUAAUUAAUGAUAUGAAUGUACAUGUAUGCAAGGGAACUUUGGAGUAUUGCACAUAUGGGGUGGGGAAAUUAACAUUUGAUGUGAAUAGGGAGUGAUACGUAUACAGGGUACGUUCUUGGGUGUGGGGGCAGAAUCGACAUCAAAAGUAUGUAUGUUGCAGGUCCUUUGUGAAAUUUGUAUUUUAUUGAUGCACAUGUUCAGAUUUUAUAUGAUCAAUUUGCUUGCUUGAAGGUUGUUAAAAUAUUCUACUUGUCAUUUUUAAAAUUAUAAUUAUUUGUUAUGCUAUCCUUUACCUAUAAGGCAGUAUAUACACAUGUAUUUGUUCAGUUAUUUUUUACCAGUACUAUUGGUUCAAAUUUCACAGUUUUCCAUCAAAUUAAUGUUUAAAAAAAUGAUCAUGGUAUCAGUAUGGUAUUAUUUAUGAUUUGUAUUUUAAGAAACGAGUGAAAGCAUUUAAGCCAGGUAUAAACAUAUUUAUUGCUUUCUAUUUUUAAGUCAUUUGAGGGUGUUUGCUUGCUACAUUUGGAAAAGGUAUAGAUCUAGAGUUAACCAAUAUCUGAUGUGUCAGUUAAAAGUCAUACAUAAAAUGUAGGAGUGAUAUCUAUCAUUUCAAUAAGUCAGAUAUAUUGUAGCAUAUUUUUUCUUUAGAAUUGUUUGAUUGUUUUUGUUUUUGUUUUUUGUUGUUAUUUUAAUAUACCUGUCACAUACAAGUCUGAGUUGUUUGAUAAAAAGUUGUGUACAUUUUGAAAUGAAGUAUGUGCCAUUUUCUUGUGUCCAGUAACUUAUACGAUCUGUUUCCUCUCACAAUCAGAGAUAUCAUUAAAAAAUCGCCUCCCCUGAUUGAAAUCAGUCAAAGAACGGCUUCGUAGCAGGGUACACUCUACGGGUAAUAAGCUAAAAUCUUAAAUGUCUCGGAACCAAAGGAUCCAAGAACAGGCCCAUGAACGCACUCACAAAUGAGUGAUUGCUCAUAAGAGGUGUUUUGGUUAGUAUUCCUUUCGUAAAGUUAAGUAUAUGCAACUACAGAAAAUACUAUGCUGUCCUUUUCUUGGUCUUGCUGGAAUUUAGAAUUUUGGGAGGAUAGAACAAGAUGUACUGUAGUUUAUUUGACAAAUUGCAUGCUCUCUUUGUAAAGACUAAAUAUAGCUUUUCUGAAAAAGUAAUGACAAAAUAAUGAAACUGCAUAUUUUGUGCAAGAUGAUUCGUCAGUUACUGAUGGGCUUCUUAGUGUAUCACACAAAUUUUUCUGUCAGAUAGUGUGUUAUUUUAGAUGCACUUAAAUGUAGAAUAAAGUUGUAAUUUUAAACAUUUAAAGCGGUUUGCAGUACUUGAAAUGUUGAUUUUUUUUUAAUGAUAUUAAAUAAAUAUACCUUCUUUUCUGGAAUUUUGAACAUGUAACAACUCCACCAAAACGCUUUCUUGUUUUGUUGUACUUGUUUUGAUAUUUCAGUUUAGAUGGCAUAUACAUUAAUUUAGAUGACACCCAAGUGUUGCUGUAUUUAACAAGCACACUCAAAUUGAGACUUGGUCUAAAAAUGAUUCAUAUACCCUAUUUGGAAUGAAAGCAUGUCCAAGUUUAAGUUGAUUAUUUAGGGAGUGUAAACAAUGAUAGUAAUGAGUAAGGUCUAAAUGUGGUUACAUGCUGUCACUAUUUGGAGAAUAUAAUCGUGAUAUCUGAUGGUUACAUUUCUAAUUUUACAGCUUUUGUUCAUAUUGGGAACUUUUCAUCGAUUCACGGAGGAUUCACCUUCAUUGCAGGCAGAGAUCUUGCUCCAUCGGAAAGGAAUAAAGUUCUAACUGAAAGCCUCAAACAGUGUGUUUAAUGCACUAAGUGUAUUCUAUCGGUCAAUUCCAUGGAUUUUUACCGGGACUGUUCAUACUUUACAGUCACACUUUCACCUUGAAAUACUGGGAUUGUUGCCAAUUUGUCAAAUGUCUUUCUCUUACAAUCUGGUUUUGUUACUGGCACAAGAUGAUGCAGACACAUGUGUGCAUAGAUAUCAAUAUCCGGAUCCAAAAGAAAUGCAGAUCAACCUGACUGGCUUCCUCAACCCAAAGAAUUCCCGUACCUUCAUGCAUGAAUUGUGGGAGCUUCUAUGCAGUGCUCAGGAGAACAUUGGGGGGAUUCCAGAGAAGUUCAUAGCUCAGAAAAAGGAGGAAAUUAAAAAAAGACAAGCUGAAAAAGAACGUAUUCAGGCCAGUCUAAAGAAGAGUGAAGAACAAAUCAAGGAAGCACUGAUGAAGGAAAGAAAGGAGCAAGAUAACAAGGAAAAAGACAGGUCACCAUCACGCAGGAAAUCAAGAAGCACCUCACCUAAACCAAGUAAAAGUAGCACUGAUAAGAAUGACUCUACAAACAAAGAAUCGGUAUCGGAGAUAAAGGGAGGAAAUGAUGCAGCACCAUCAGAGAUCAAAGCAGUACAGGAAAAUGGAGAGAAGAAAGAUGAUGACGACAAGGGGAAAGAAAAAGAUGCUGUAAAUCAUAAAGAUGGUGACAAAGAGGUGAUUAAAGAUGAAUCUAAGGAGGCAGAAAAGAAAAGGAAAUCCCGAAGUGCCAGUCCAAGCCGCAAGAAAAGGUCAAGAUCUGGUGAUCGUCAUAGGCGAAGAAAAUCAAGGUCAAGGUCAAACAGACGGUCCCCAGGGAGAAAAAGAUCCAGAUCUCGAUCUAGGCAUAGAUCACCUCGACGUUCAAGGCCAUCUCCGAGGCGCAGAUCAUCCCCCUAUCACAGAAGGGGUUCAUCUCCAAGGCGCCGACGGUCACUAUCACCAAGACGCCGUAGGAGACCAUCACCACGAAGAUCACCUUCACCCAGACGUCGAUCUCCUCGCCGACGCCCUCCAUCCCCAAGGAGAGACAGGUCCCCAAUUCGGCGAAGGCGCUCACCUAGUCCAGACCGCAAAAAACGUGCCCAAAGUAACAGCUCUGGUUCCUCCAGUGAUUCAGAUGAUUCGUCGCCUCGUAAACCAUCUGGGAGACGAUCUUCUUCUGCAGACAAAGAUGACAGCAGUGCUGACAAUGCUGAUUCUCCUGGCAAGCAAGGAGUACAAAAACGAAGAAAUUAUCGCACACAUGGCCCAGAUGCUAAUUCUGAUUCUUCCUCAUCAUCAGAUGAUUCGUCUUCAGAGGAUGAAGCACCAGCUGUGAGAGGUCAACAACGUAAACGUUCACCACCUUAUGGUCGUCCAAUGCGCAGGUCAAUGUCCAGAGAAAGGAGGCGCCCUUCGCCCUAUUCCAGGAGGUUCUCUCCCCCUAGACGACAAAGUCCAGGUCCUUGGUACGGCAACAGGAGAUCUCCACCUCGGUUUUCCCCACCCUGGCGACAGUAUCGCAGGUCUCCCUCACCACCUCCUCUAAGGAUGGACAGGCGCAGAAUGGGCCACUCUCUCUCUAGAUCACCACCUCCCUACCAGGGUAGGAGGAUGAGGUCACCACCAGGCAGAUUCGGUGGUGAGAUGAACAGACGAAGAUCUCCGCCUCCUGACCGUCGUCGCCAGUUCUCUCCAUCACCUCCACCUCAGCGUCGACGAAGGAUGUCCCCUGACUCUCCUCCACGCCAGAGGAGGAUGCACCCAGAAGAUUCCCCACCACCCAGAAGGAGAGGGAAUAUAUCCAAUUCCCCAGAGCCAACCAGAUGGCAUUUGGACAGGGAAGAAUCUUCAUCUUCACCUCCUCAGCUAAAGAAGGAACGCUCCCCACCAGCUGCAAGAAGGAAGAGAUCCCCAGAUUCACCCCCAAGAAAGAGAAAAGUCAUCCCGAAAAAAGAAAGAGUCUCUGAUUCAGAGUCUCCACCACCAUUAUCGAGAGAACAACAGUCUGAGUCUGAAUCAUCAUCUUGGUCACCAGAGCCUCAACCACAGAGGCAGAAAGCCUCUACAUCACCACAACGUAUGGCACGUAGGAAGCCAUCACCAUCCCCCCAGCAGCGGAAGAUCAGAGAGCAAGGUUCACCACAGCAAAAGAGACGUAAACAUGAAUCACCUCCACCCAAAAUGAGGAAGAAAGAUUCAUCAGAUGAUUCCUCUUCCUCAUCAGAGGAAGGAGAGGAGUCUUCAGUCUCUCCUCCACCACCUCGUCAAACAAAGCGAUCUAGGAAGUCUUCAUCACCUGGUCCUCAGAAGUCACCAGUUCCAAAAAGAAGGCAAAGAUCUCCUUCCCCUGAAGUGCAACAAAGACGUAGACGCUCACCACAGUCAAAGCAACGUUCUUCUCCUCCCCGUAGUCUAAAAAAGCGUCAACAGAUGUCACCCAGUCCUUCACCAUCACCUCCACCAAAGCGCCGUGACUCUCGUGUAAGAGACUCUCCUGAAAGAACCAGGCAUCAAAGACAGCAGUCUCCUAGUCUGAGAAGAAAACAAUCAGGAUCUCCUACUCGGCAAAGGAGAAAGCAAUCUGGAUCUCCUCCCCCACAAAGAAGGAGACAAUCUGGAUCUCCUCCCCCACAAAGGAAAAAACCAUCUGUAUCUCCAGUUCCGCAAAGAAGGAGAGAAUCUGGCUCUCCACCUAGACAGAAGAGAAGACAACCAUCUGAUUCUCCUUCGCAAAAAAGGAGACAAAAGUCUGGAUCCCCCUCCCCUCCAAGGCAAGGGGAGUUGGAAUCAGCUCCCUUACAGAGGAGAAGACAAUCAGGAUCUCCUCCCCAAAGAAGAAGAAAACAAUCGGACUCUCCUCCUGCUCAACGAGGAAGACCAUCUCUCUCUCCUCCCUAUCAAAGAGGUAAACAAAUCCGCUCUCCUGCUCGACGACAAUGGGAAUCGCCCUCCCCAGAUGGUCCACGCCAAAGAAGGGGUAGGCCAAGUCCUGAACCAGCACACAGAGGUAGAGGAGAUGAGAGAAGGCCAAGUCAUGGGAGGGACUGCAGAGAUGAGGACGUUCAAAGGACCAUCACUAUCAACCAAUUCAAGAGAGAGCGUGAUGGAGAAGCUUCUCCAGGAUCACACCAGGGCAGGGACGACAGUUUUAUGGAUGGUGAGGACAGUCUCAAGAGGAAGGUCAAGGACAAGAGCCCACCAUCAGGGAGUGACUUUGAGGGGUCAGACGAUGCUGCAGGCAAGAAAAAGAAGAAGAAGGAAAAGAAAAAGCACAAAAAACACAAGAAGCAUAAAAAACACAAGCACAAGAAAAACAAGGACGGUGAAAUUGAAGAUGAGGGAUCGGACAGUGAGGAUGACACUGCUGAGCUAGAGGAGAGAAAGCUGAGGGAGAGAGCUCUACAGUCUAUGCAGAAGGCCAAGGCAUCUGAAUUCUCCAACUGAUCAUCACUCCUAUACAUGUGGGAAGAUGUUGAAAAUCUAGUGCAAUUGCUAUAGACUUCAAUAAGUUUUUUAAUGGACUUUUUCCUUGGACUGGAUUUCAUUUUUCAUUUGAACAAAUCAAUAAUGUAACCAAUGAUCAUAACAUUUCAAGAUCAACGAAUAACAACCAUGGGAUGAAACAAUAUUAAGUGUAAUUUAACUUUAUUCAUUGUAAAAAUACUGUGUAUCAUAUUGCCAAUAUGCUUUUUAUUUGAAAUAUUAUAUGUCAUGCAUCCUUUGCCGACACAUAUAAAUGUGUUAAAACCUUCAGUGCUCUGGUGUACAGCUUUUAGCGUUAUAAUAUAGCCAGAUAUUUGUAAAUUACUAUGUGUGCUGGUGGCUCAUGAUUAAAAAAUGUUCAUCUAAUUUCAUCAAAAACUGCACAAUUGAAGCAUGCAUCAAAUGCAAAUGUUAAUUUGAAAUUGGAUACAAAUUCAUCUGUAAAUGUGAUGUAAACUAUUUUAUCUUUAACAAGAAGAGCUCUUUUCUCAUAGAGUGUGUGGAAUUAUUGGAUGUUGAAUGUGUAUAUAGUGCUUUGUCAUUUGAUAUCUUAUUAUUGUUAGUGAUAAUUUUGAUGCCAUACUUGAUUAUCCCCCAGCUUUUUAAUCGAUACGGGGGAUAUUAAUUUGGGUUUGUCCGUCUGUCUGUCUGUCUGUCUAUCACGCUUCGUUUCCGUGCAAUAAUUACAACAAAUGUUAACCAAUUUUCUUCCAACUUGGUCACAUGGUUAAAUGCCUUAAGGACUCGGCCAAGUUUGACAACCUCUUUAAUCGGACUCCAUUUGGCAGAGAAAUGGCCCCUUGAUUAACGAAAAACGUCAUUAUUUACAGUUUCUGCUUUAUAACUCUAGCAAAUAUUAGCCAAAUUCCUUCCAACUUGAUAACAAUGUUUGUGUUCCUCGGUCUUUUCACCCAUCUUGGCCACUCUUGGUUUUCGUGUGACAAAUGCUGUAGAUAUUGUUCAGAUGUUUCAACCAAAGUCUGAUGCACAUUCGACUCCUGCUAAGUUUGCCAACUGAUGUGAUUUGUGCAUAUUUACGCAUAAUCAAUGAGGUAUAGGGUGUGUUUUUUUCUUCAAGUUUCAAGCUAUACAUUAUGUCUCAACAGCACGAUACUCACAUGUUUAAACCUAACCUCAAUAAUGUUAACCUACAAUAUGUCCUGCAAGUGGGGGAUAUAAAUUGCACGAAUUUACUUGUUUGGUUUAUAUUAGAUGAAUACCUUUGAUAACAUACAGAAGCAAACUGAUGAAAAAAUAAAAUAAUAAAAAAAUGGUGUGAA